AUGGAAACUUCAGUGAAAAAGUUUGUGAUGAAAAAUGUUGUCGGAGGUGUUAUGAAUAUUGCACGUUUCGAAGAAGUCAGUUUGGACGAAGAUCAUUUCGAUAUUUCUUGGCGGUUGAAUCUGAGUCGGAAAGGCGAUUUUUUCACUCUCACUCUCUCAUGUUUUUUGCCUACUGUUGAAACUGAAGUUGAGGCAGAAAUUGCAUUGAAAAUUAUAUCGGAAAAUGGAAAAUCUUUGACAUUUGAACUGGAUUAUACUGCACUAUUUUUAUGGUGGGAUCGUUCAUAUGAAUGGAAAGAUUUCAUUUCACGAAAGAAGCUCGAUGAGGAAUACAUUGUCGCGGACACAGUGACUAUUGAAGCCCAUGUUACGAUUACAAAAAUGACUGGUUUCGGAAAAGAAGAUCUCAGAAAAUUCGACGAAUCGAUUAAGAAGUUUUCGGAUGUUGUGAUUGUAGUGAAGAAUAGAAAAUUCUAUUUGUUGAAAAUGUUCCUCGGUCUUCAAUCAUCAUACUUCGGUUCUCUUCUUCUUGGAAAAGAAUCAAAAAAAUCGGAAAUCGUUCUCAAUGACAUCAAUCCGGAAGACUUUCAGAAUUUUCUCGAACUAAUUCAUGGAGAAGAUUCGAUCAAUAGUUACACUGUCGAUGGAAUUCUACAUUUGGCUGAUAUGUAUGACUCGCCGACUGCUAUCAAAAGAUGCGAAGAGUUUCUUCUGAAAGACACCAAAAAGACAUUGAAAUCCAAACUGGAAAUGUCUACUCGUUAUAAAUUGAAACUUUUGAAGGAAAAAUGUCUGUCGGAAGUGGAGACUGUCGCUGAUAUUCGCUCCGUUCUACUUCAAAACAUCUCUCAAAUGGAAACAUCAGUUCUAGCAGCACUUCUUCAGAAGUCACUCGAUCUCCAAAACUAA